CUUAACUUCGAAAAAAUGUCCUCUGGUUGCGGUGUAAUGGACGAUCGAAUCGUGGAGUUGGAAGAAGUCAAACAGCAUAAAUCAGAAGACGAUUUAUGGAUUAUAAUCGAUGGAAAGGUAUAUGACGUGACGCCUUACGUGACAGAACAUCCAGGAGGGAAAGCUAUUUUUCGCAAUGCAGGAGACGACUCUUCUGGAGGAUUCCAUUCCCAAAAGGCUCACGGAAUAGUGAAAAAUCACAUCAAUAGUUUGUUGAAGGCUUUCUAUGUUGGAAGAAUAUCCCAGGACAAAUAAAAGAUACUUGAAAGUAUCCAAGUUAUGAAGCCAAGAAAAUUCUAUCAACAACUCAA